AUGAAUACUGGAGACAUAAAUACUGGAGACAUGAAUACUGGAGACUUGAAUACUGGAGACAUGAAUACUGGAGACAUGAAUACUGGAGACUUGAAUACUGGAGACAUAAAUACUGGAGACAUUAAUACUGGAGACUUGAAUACUGGAGACAUAAAUACUGGAGACAUAAAUACUGGAGACAUAGAUACUGGAGACAUGAAUACUGGAGACAUAAAUACUGGAGAUAGAAAUACUGGAGACAUGAAUACUGGAGACAAGAAUACUGGAAACAUGAAUACUGGGGCCAUAAAAACUGGAGUUAGGAAUAAUUGUGACAUAAAUACUGGAGACAUGAAUAAUGGAGACAUAAAUACUGGAGACAUAAAUACUGGAGACAUGAAUACUUGUGACAUAAAUAUUGGAGACAUGAAUACUGUAGACACGAAUACUGGAGACAUGAAUAAUGGAGGCAUAAAUACUGUAGACAUAAAUACUGGAGACAUGAAUACUGGAGACAUGAAUAAUGGAGACAUGAAUACUGGAGACAUGAAUACUGGAGACAUGAAUACUGGAGACAUGAAUACUGGAGACAUGAAUACUGGAGACAUGAAUACUGGAGACAUGAAUACCGGAGACAUGAUUACUGGAGAUAUUCCUUGGGAUAAAAUCUAUUAG